AGGCGGGAGGGAGGACGCCCUGAGCCCAGCAGACUACACUGAGAGCUUGACUAAGACCAGCUUGGAGCUCCAGAGAGAAGAAGCCGACACAACAAAGACAGCAAGAGGGAAUACUUCACGUCCACGCAUUUUGGUCAAAGGAUUCCUGUUUGCUCCAAAGAUGACCAUGAUCCUUUUUGUAGCCGUUACCAUUCUGGGGAGCAUCGACUUGGUCUUCUCCUCUUGCUCAUCCGUUUGCGAGUGUCCACUGGAGAUGCCCAAGUGCGCAGCGGGCGUCAGCGUGAUCCUGGACGGUUGCGCUUGCUGCAAACUUUGCGCCAGGCAGCUGAAUGAGGAUUGCAGCCUCACCGAGCCCUGCGACCACACCAAAGGGCUGGAGUGUAACUUUGGGGCCACCUUUGCCGCCGCUACCACUCGUGGCAUCUGCCGAGCCAAGUUAGAGGGCAGACCUUGCGAGUACAACAGCAGGAUCUACCAAAACGGAGAAAGCUUCCAGCCCAACUGUAAACACCAGUGCACGUGCAUCGACGGUGCCGUGGGCUGCGUCCCGCUGUGCCCUCAAGAGCUCUCUUUGCCCAAUCUGGGCUGCGCCAACCCAAGGCUGGUCAAGGUGGCAGGCCAGUGCUGCGAAGAGUGGCUGUGCGGCCACGGCGGCAAGGACGCAGCAGACAUUUUGGAGAAGAUCUUUGGCAAGGACAAGACGGCCGAUGAACUGGAAAGAGACCUCACCAAGAGAAACGAGCUGAUUGCGAUGGUCAAGGGGGGACUCAAGUCGCUAGCCGCCUACAGGCCGCAAGCUGAGAUUCAGAUGUUUGGCAGGCAGAAGUGCAUCAUCCAAACCACACCCUGGUCUCAGUGCUCAAAGAGCUGCGGAACAGGCAUCUCCACCAGAGUCACCAACAACAACGACGACGGCGAGUGCAAGCUGGUCAAGGAGACUCGGAUCUGUGAAGUGCGACCGUGCACCCAGUCACCUUACUCCAGUCUCAAGAAAGGAAAGAAAUGCAGCAGAACCAAAAAGUCCAGCCAGCCAGUGAAGUUCACCUACGCCGGCUGCUCCAGCUUGAAGAAGUACCGACCCAAGUACUGCGGAGCGUGCGUGGACGGUCGCUGCUGCAGCCCUCACGACACCAGAACCAUCCGGGUCAAGUUCCGCUGCGAGGACGGCGAGACCUUCAACAAGAACAUCAUGAUGAUCGAGUCUUGCAAGUGCACCUACGACUGCCCGCGUGCAAACGAAGCCUCCUACCCUUUCUACCGCCUCUCCAAUGAUAUCCACAAGUUCAAAGACUGAUUGGUGAAGACUUUGCUUGCUCGAGCCCCAAGUCCAGAUGAAUGCAGGCAGGGCAGGGCAGGGCAGGGCAGGGCAGGGCAGGGCAGGGCAGGCCAGGGCAGGCCAGGCCAGGCCAGGCCAGGGCAGGCCAGGCCAGGCCAGGCCAGGCCAGGGGUGGCACCAAUCUACUAGCUUCUUGUUGUAACUAAAUUCCCAAGGAAUUGUGGGCUUACAUGAGGAGGACUUUUGGAAGUGCACUGUUUGCUGUGACUACAUCAGCACUCUAACAAUCGCUUCAUUUUAAGGGAGCAUCCAUGCUGGCUUCGUUAUGGAGCAAAAUGUAAUUAACAUUUGUACAUUCGUGUUAUUUGCUGAUAUCAUUUCACUGUGUGUAUAUUUUGAUCUGUAACAUCUGACAUGGCCAAGACUGUAGACCGACCGGUGCGGUGCAAACAUCCAUUUGCGUACCGUCCCACAGUGUGACCUCUUACCUUAUCGAGUGUGCGGUCGGUUGCAUGACUUCCUGGCGUGGGCAUUAUCGUUCAUGUUUUGUGGCAGCUAGUGAAUGAAAAGAGACAAAACGAAACAUGUCAAAGGAUGGAUGGAUGAAUGGUUUUAAUAAUAUUAUUUAUGGCUACUUUAUUUGGAUAUUACGUCAUACUGGAAUACAUUGUAAAAAUGAUUUAAUUUUAUAUGCUACAAAUAAAAUGAAUUUAUUUAUGGAAUAUGA